GGCCCAAAUAUACUGGAUGAAUCCUGGCUCAUACGCAGGGUGUUGACAAAUUUCCAGGCUAUUCGGAAAAGUUGGCAAUUUUCAAGCGCAAGUGUGUGUGUAUCCGUGUUCGUCCGUUUUUGUAUCUGUGUAUCUCGGUUUUGUAUCUGUAUCAGUUAGGCAGUGUAUGUGCUCAAAUAAAACGAUUGCAUUUUUUACGCUGACGAUGCAGUUCGCUUCAAUGGAACUUGACAUAGUGCACCACCCAACCCCUUGGGAAUAUAGUAUAUGUUAUUUUUGCCCCCACAAAGUGUCCUCGACGCAUUCAUACAUUCACAUAAGCUCCUGCAACGGGACCCCUAGACGUGCGUCACCCCAUCACCCAACUAUAUUUUUCCAUUAUAAUAUCUUUUAUAUAGUAAGAAUUGCAUUUUCAAAUGGCUCCUCCAAGUACAUGUGUCAUUAAAAUUCAAUGCAUUAUCUAGAUGCAUGACUACGAGUAUCCAUGAAACCUCCACGCCAAAGCGUUGUCACUUUCUGUCGUUCCCUCGCUGAUUAAUCCGAAGAUAGUUAAACCAUUCAAGCUGAACGGCAAAUUCAAUUAGAUAAAGACUGUUAAACACAACGACGCCUCUGACAUGGAUGUUGUAAAUGGGAUCAUAAAAGAAAUUUGAUAUCUUGCCUACACAUUUCGGAAAUACUGAUGAACCUUUCUGAUGCUUAAAUAUUUGUAUUAAAGCUAUUCACCAUAUCAACUUCUUUAUCACGCUUCCUGUUUAUUUAUAAAAUAAUCAGACUUUGCUAUAAUCUCGACUUGAAGUUGGGGCAAGGCUGGUCUUUAUCCCAUUCCGCAAAUCUUAGAAGUCACACUACAAGCAUUUAACAUUUUUAGUUUUCUUGUUUAAUAAUAUUAAAUUGUAUUUUAAAUUAGUUAAUCAUUUGUGCUUUCUGAAAAGUCAACUACGAAUAUAGUCACUUUAAUAUAUAAAGAGAAUAGAAAUACAUAAUUAUUUCUUGAAAGAUUUAACCUUUCGAUAGUAAAAUAUUUAUAUUUAUCUACCUUUGCUCUCUCCGUACUGGGUGUGAAAAUCAUACAAUUAUAUUUAGACAUCUAUAAAAACGUGUCAUGGAUUAACACAACACAAAAAAAUAUAAUCAAUGUUUGUUACACGAAACUGCAAAAAGUGAAAACUAAUGGCUGACGAAUAGAGUCGUGAUCGAUGAAAUAUUGCCGGCGAAGCUCCGGCCCAUCAUAAGGCAUCAGCAUCAGCAGCUCAGUUUCCCCAUUCAGAUUCACAGAGCAAACCCCGCCAGACCUCCCCCUAACCCUUUUGCCAUUAGUAAUUCGGUGCUUGGGUUCCGUCUCAUUCGCGAUUCUGCCGUCAUAGUGUUCGGACCGCUGAAAAAAAGCUUAGCAGAACGAUGUGUUUCAGCAGACGUUGCAUUUCCAUUAAUUAAAUUCGCAGAACGCCCCUUGCCGACCCCUUCAUUAGACACAGCCAAGGUUAGCCAACAAAAUUUUAUUUAUAUUCCCAAAAGAACACUAUUGGCAGUGAGACAAAAAUAGGGCCAAUAAAGAAAUAGUUUUCGAUACGAAAACUUUUGCUGUUGCAAUAAACAAACGAUUGUGUUUACCCGGUAAACCACGUGUAAAACAUAAAGCAAAAAUGCAAAAAUCGUUCACAAAACAAAAACAAACCGAAAGCAAGACCUGCAUAAAAUUUCCAAAAAAAAAAAAAACCAAGAGCAAUUCAGUGAAAACCAAAUUUGUUAUGUAAAGCUUUAAAACCUUCAGUACACAUUCUAGAAAUCUAAAAAUAAACUAAAUUUUUAAUGAACCUAAACGAUUUUAAAGUAUUAUCCAAAAGCUAUGGAAAGCACAACAAUCUCUGCAAAACCCCUGGGACAUAAUAUACAAAUAAUGAAUUUAAUCUGAAAUUUGAUGGUGCGCACAUUGGCAAUUAUAAUCUCAUAAGGCUUAUCAGAUUCGGUUUCGCAAGCUUUGCAAGCAAAAUACAUAAUUUAUUCAUUGUGUACCAAGAAAAAAUCGGCACUGACAACUGACCUUUGUAAUAAACAAAAAAUUAGUUUUCAAGUAAAAAAACACGUUUUAUGUUUUUGCUUAUCAACGGUACGCCUUCAAUUUCAGUUGCGGAACCAGCUAAAAUACAUCAAAAAACAAAAUAAAAACACUGCAAUAAGCAUUCCAAAGCCGAGAGCUUAAAUGACAUGGCAGAAAAACGCCUGUUGCUGGAGAGAUCCGAGACCUCAGAGCCGGAGAAGCUGGAAAUACAUAUGACCCGCAGGGUAGGAGUACUGCAUGUCAUCCAGCACCGUUCUUUUCUGGUUAGCCGGAAGUCGGUGCUGGGACUGCUGGUGUCCUUUGUGUUUUGCUAUUUCCUGAUCGGAAGGCCUGAAUGGGCCAAUGUUCUAGACUUGGAUGUCCUUCAUUCGGAUAACUACGUGACGGUUCAACAUCACUCCACGGUGAUGGAUGUCGAUCCUGACACACUUAAUGAGACUAUUCAAAUUGUGCCGAAAGGUUUCCUUGUGUAUAGUAACUCCUGCCGGAUCAUGGAGGUUGAUCCCUACAAGAACGAAGUGAUGCGUCAUUUUAAGCGCGUAAAAUACAAGGCCUGCCAGAAGCUGCCGCCCUUGACACGUGUCAAGUUCCAGGAGAAGUCCCAAAAGUACAUUCUCAGCAUCGAUGGUGCUGCUUUCAGUCGAUACCCGGUGAGCAAUCAUCUGCAUUGUUGCUACAUGGAGGUUCAGCGCGUCGACGAGAUGAAGGUCAAGUAUACCAAGUGUCAAACCUUCAAGGGAAGCACCGAACUGCCCAAUUCCGCUGAAGGCAUUAUCGUCAAGUGCGAUUCCAAUGGUCGGCAAUUUUAUAUCAAUGGCCAUGCCACAAUACCCGUCAAGGAGGAAGUGCAGCAGAGACUUCAGCAGGCAACUGCGGGCGAUAGAAAGGAAAAUGUAAUCGAUAUGGGCAAUCAAAGACCCCCAAGCGUCUUGAUGCUUGGCAUUGAUAGCAUCUCUCGUGUGAAUCUCAUCAGGGCCAUGCCCAAAACGGCGCAGUAUCUCUAUGACAAUGAAUGGUUCGAGCUGGCGGGAUACAAUAAGGUGGACGACAACACAUUCCCAAACAUCAUGGCAGUGGCCACCGGCUACAAUCUGCCAAAUGCCAUGCAUGCCUGCUCUCCCUUCGUUGUUGGCGGCCUGGAUAAGUGCAACUACAUCUGGAAGCUUUACCAACAGAGGGGCUAUGUGACCGCCUACGCCGAGGAUGCUGUGAAGAUCAACACAUUUAACUACCUGAAGAAGGGUUUCAAGGAUCCGCCGGCGGAUUACUACUUGAGGCCAUAUCUAUCCGCCGCCGAAUCGCAACUGGAUCACACAACGGUAAAUGGUUUGGUGCACUGCCUUGGCUACGAAACGGCAGCAGAGCACGUAUACGACUAUGGAUUGGAGUUCACAAGAAGAUUCCUUAACGAUACCUACUUUGGUUUCUUUUGGACAAACACGCACAGCCAUAGUGAUAUUUCCCAGACGAGUAGUAUGGAUGACUACAUUGCGGAUUAUCUGCGGAAAUUGGUGCGACAGGGCACUAUGGAAAACACUGUAGUGGUGUUCUUCAGUGAUCAUGGCAUGCGGUUUGGACCUACAAGGGCCACGUGGUCUGGUCACUUGGAAGAACGCCUGCCGGCCAUCUUCAUCUGGUUACCUCAUCACCUACGUCGCAAGCAUCCAGAGUUUGUGCGUAGUCUUAAAUUGAAUAAGAAUCGAUUGACUACGCCCUACGAUCUACAUCUAACUAUGAAGCAUAUACUCGCCACGACCGGCCGUGCCGAUAUGGAGUCCUUGGGUCCGGCACCUGAUUGCCCACAGUGCCAGAGCUUGCUGCGUCCCGUUUCUCCGCAACGAAGUUGCUCUGAUGUGGGCAUUGCGGACCACUGGUGUACUUGCUGGGAAUACGACACCAUCGCGAGCAAUUCUAAGGAAUCUCGAAUGCUCGGUAAGCGUGUGGUGGGCUACCUUAACAACUAUGUGGCUGAGUUUCGGAACGGAACCUUUGCCAAACUUUGUGCUCCCCUCUCUCUACACAGCAUCAAGUCCGCGUUUCGAGCGCAUCAAAAUGCUUUAGAUCCGGAGGAGGUGCACACCUAUCGACUGAUAUUCGUCACGUCGCCUAAUAAGGGACAAUACGAGGCCACCGUGCGGCACAACCACACGGAUGACUCGGUAAAGGUGACGGGAUCGGUAAGCCGACUGAACGUCUAUAGCGGAGAAGCAGAUUGUAUGAGUGAUUUCGCAGCCAAAAAGUAUUGUUAUUGUCGUAAAAAGAAAGGAUAGAAGUAGUAGGAUUAGACCUAACGCCAUUGCCCAAGUGCCGUUACUCAGAUUAGAAUCUGAAAGUACAAUUAAAUUAAUAUUAUAUAUUAGGAAUCUCUUCUUCUCUUUGCCUAAAAGUAUGUGGUGUCCACCUAAAAUUUCUAGAGGUUUAAAAAUAUUAAUUUGAUAUCAUCUAAAACGAAAAUUCUUUUUAGAUGUUAACCAAAUUAUUUAAUAUCCAACCAGGAAGUAUAUUCAAAAUAUAUUUUCUAAUGUUUUGGGUAUUUCUAUUAUAUUCUAUUUUUAAAUCAAAAGUUUUAGAUACACCCUUGUAUAUUGCUAUCAUAAGCUUAGUUUUAGCCUUGUAAAUAAUUUUCUCUCCCUGCUCCAAGAGACUUUUGCCAAGAAUUAGUUUAGACAUCUCUUUAUAUAUACUACAGCUAAUUGUUACACAUAUAAUUUAAUAUAUUUGUUCAACUUAUA